GUAACCCUAUGGUCAUAACCCCGCGUAGCUUACUCAUUCACGCCCUCCAGCUCCAGUACAUCUCGCUGCAGCCUGCGGGAAGGCAGCAUCAUUCCACUGAACAGAUUUCACCACACAGACCGCAAUGCAUACUUGCCUCUAUACACACGUGCCUUCUUAUGAUACCAACCCUCAGCGAGACAAUGAAACAAUCGUCGAUUCCUUUGAAAACGAUGACAUUCUUGAAUUCAUCACAGAACAUACCAAGUGGAUGCCUAGGAUCUCGAUGGAUGCAUCAGAUGUUAUCAGUCUGGAUGUUGCUGUGCAGCCAACAGACCUUGUUGAUAGCCUGGAACUGAACAGACAGUUACACACUACUUUGCAGAGGAAACAGGAUGAGAUAUCUGCACUGAGGGAGAAGAAUUCACAAUUAAAAGAGCUGGCCAGGCAGGCAGAGCAUCUGGCUCAUCUACUACAUACCAUGACACCAUCAACAGGAGCAACCAAACAAGCCGCUGCAUGCUCACUGUCAUCAUAUGGGUUGGGUUACUCAUCAACUGAGCAGCAUUUACGCAGCUUGGAUAAGUGGGUGUGCACCGCAGCAUAUGACUCACAGGACACAGAGGUCUCAUCAGCGCCGACACAGACAGACCAGACACCUGAAUGCCUAAAACCUGGACCUGCAAGCCCACACACUGGAGUGAAAAGAUGUCUGUGGCCCAGUCAGGAUGAUUCUGGAUCAGCCGGCGAACAUUCCAGCUCCGCAGAAGAUGCAGUAGUGUGUCAGAGGGAUGCCAAGCGGAGGAAAGAUGACCAAGAGCUACUCCAAGCUCAGCUGCAGCAGUAUCUUGAGGAUAUUGAAUGGGACCUCCAGCAGGAAGAUUCAGUAGUGAGCCAAGAAGACCAGACAGAGGGACAAAAAUCCAACCCGAUCAAUAUUUGCGGAAGUUUCCAAGGGCUCCAAAUAGUGAGAACCACUCUGUCAACUGACACGGACUCAUCAGAACGGGGAGAGCCUGUGUGCUUUAAGACCUCAAUCAGAGAACACAGCACCAUCAGAACCCGUGUGUUCCCUUACGGAACGAGCUUCACGUCUCCCACACCAACAGGUGGCUACAGGUUCCUCUGGAUACCCACAGAAAAAUCAUGAAAGGAGAAAAAAAACCAGGUGUUUAUUGUUUUUACUUUAAAUAUAUGAAUAGUAUGAAGCAUUAUGUUAUAAUACAUAUGUUAUUAUGUAUUAAGGAGAAGGUGGUGUGUACAAUUUGGCCUUCAUCAGAACUACAGAUGAAACAUCAGGUGCAGUUCCUUGAUUUGAAUGACUAAGUUAAAUUACAGACCCUUUUUGUACUACUGUAGAAGUUUGGUAAUAUUCCAGACAUUAUUACUGGGGUAAUUUACAAGAUACACUUUUGGUUACAAAAGUGCUAACACUAAGCCAUUGGGCUGAUACAUAGACUGAUAGCGCGAACUCGAUCAAGGGAAAAAAGCUUCCGGGGGGGUGUUUGGCUCGCGGUCAUCAUGCAAAUUACCCUAGGGUGAAAUUCAC